GAAGAUUCGAUACGCCUAGCGACGACGACCACCGACAACAGCCCUUCAACGGAAUCGCCAGUACGUCCCAUCUCGAAUUCGACAUUCAAUCUCACAUCGCGAACAUUUGCAAUACCGGACACGUCCAGACUAACAGCCACCACAGCUAAGGGUACCUCAAGCUUCGGAAAGCGCCACAACAAGACACACACUCUGUGCCGUCGUUGUGGCAAGCGGUCCCUGCACAUCCAGAAGCACACCUGUGCCAACUGCGGUUACCCUUCCGCUAAGACCCGCAAGUUCAACUGGGGUGAGAAGGCCAAGCGCCGCAAGACCACUGGCUCCGGCCGCCAGCGCUCCCUCCGCGACGUCCACCGCCGCUUCACCAACGGCUUCCAGACCGGUACCCCCAAGGGUGCCCGUGGCCCCGGUACUGAGGCUCAGUAA